AUGUAUCUAAUUAUUUUCAUAUCUAUCUAUCUGUCUCAUUCUGUUCAUAUCUAUCUAUCUAUCUAUCUAUCUAUCUAUCUAUCUAUCUAUCUAUCUCAUUCUGUUCAUAUCUAUCUACUCCCGUAUGGCACAAGGCUACAAUUUCGACGUCUUUUGUUUAAACUCGCAAAAGCCUGUAUUUCAAUUUCCAUCAUUAUUUAUCUAUCUAUUAUCUUUCUAUCUAUCUAUCUAUCUAUCUAUCUAUCUAUCUAUUUCAGUCGCAUUCAUUCUAUCUAUCUAUCUAUCUAUCUAUUAUCUAUUUAUCUAUCUAUCUAUCUCAUUCUGUUAAUAUCUAUCUAUCCCAUUCUGUUCAUAUUUAUCUAUGUAUCUAUCUCAUUUUAUUCAUAUCUAUCUAUCUAUCUAUCUAUCUAUCUAUCUAUCUAUCUAUCUCUAAAUCUUUUCAUAUUCUAUUUAAGUGGUCUAUCUAUCUAUCUAUCUAUCUAUCUAUCUGUCUAUCUAUCACGAUAUGUUUUAUCAUCAAUCACCUUUUUCAUGUUCAUUAUCUAUUCUAUCUAUCUAUCUAUCUAUCUAUCUAUCUAUCUAUCUAUCUCAUUCUGUUAA